GAGGGGCAGGUCUCGCGAGAGGAGCGGCGGGAAGAUGGCCGGGCCUGGCUGGGAGGCGUGAGGCGCUGAGGAGGACGAGGGCGAGGGCGAGGAGCGGCGCCGGCCGUCGGUCGGUCGGUCGGGCCCCGGGUGACUUCUUCGCCCCUUGCUGGCGCCGUGUGUGUGUGUGUGUGUGUGUGUUGGGUGCCGGGAGAUGCUCCGGGCGUGGAGGGCGUCGGGGGGCGUCGUCGUCGUCCCUGCCGGCGCUGUGGGGCGGUGAGGCCCCCCGGCCCCCGGGGCCUCGGGCGGCAGCGGCGGCGGCGGCGGCCAUGACCGGAGAGAAGAUCCGCUCCCUGCGGAGGGACCACAAGCCCAGCAAGGACGAGGGCGGCCUGCUGGAGCCCGGAGACGAGGAGGCGGCGGCCGCCCCCGGGGGCACCUUCACCGGGGGCCGCACCGGCCCGGCCGGAGGCGGCGGCGGCGGCGGUGGCGGCGGCGGAGGGGGGAAGGCCGGCAGGGCCUGUCACAGGAUCUUCAGCCACCAUCACCACAACCACCACCACCACGGCCCCACCCCGCCCGCCACACAGGGGCCGCAGCCCACCGGGGCCCCCCCGGGCCCUCAGGACCCCGCCGGACCCGGCGCCCCCCACCACGGAGCCCCACCCGCCCCCGGACCCCUCCACUUCCCGCUCCACGAGUGCGUCUUCAAGGGGGACGUGAGGAGGCUGUCCUCCUUCAUCCGCACGCACAACAUCGGCCAGAAGGAUAAUCACGGAAACACUCCUUUACAUCUUGCUGUAAUGUUGGGAAGUAAAGAAUGUGCCCAUUUGCUUUUGGCUCAUAAUGCUCCAGUUAAGGUGAAAAAUGCUCAGGGAUGGAGCCCUCUGGCAGAAGCUAUCAGUUAUGGAGACAGACAGAUGAUUACAGCACUGCUAAGAAAACUUAAGCAGCAAUCCAGGGAAAGUGUUGAAGAAAAGCGACCUCGAUUAUUAAAAGCCCUAAAAGAGCUAGGUGACUUUUAUCUAGAACUUCACUGGGAUUUUCAAAGCUGGGUGCCUUUACUUUCCCGAAUUCUGCCUUCGGAUGCAUGUAAAAUAUACAAGCAAGGUAUAAAUAUCAGGCUUGACACAACUCUCAUAGAUUUUACUGACAUGAAGUGCCAACGAGGGGACUUAAGCUUCAUUUUCAAUGGGGAUGCUGCACCCUCUGAAUCUUUUGUAGUGUUAGACAAUGAACAAAAAGUUUACCAGCGAAUACAUCACGAGGAAUCAGAGAUGGAAACAGAGGAAGAAGUUGACAUUUUGAUGAGCAGUGAUAUUUAUUCAGCAACUUUAUCAACCAAAUCAAUUACUUUCACACGUGCCCAAACAGGAUGGCUUUUCCGGGAAGACAAAACAGAAAGAGUAGGAAACUUUUUGGCAGACUUUUACCUGGUAAAUGGACUUGUGUUAGAAUCAAGGAAAAGAAGAGAACAUCUCAGUGAAGAAGAUAUUCUUCGAAAUAAGGCCAUCAUGGAGAGUUUGAGUAAAGGUGGAAACUUAAUGGAACAGAAUUUUGAGCCUGUCCGAAGGCAGUCUCUUACUCCACCUCCACCGAACACAAUUACUUGGGAAGAAUAUAUAUCUGCUGAAAAUGGAAAAGCACCUCAUCUGGGCAGAGAGCUGGUUUGCAAAGAGAGUAAGAAGACGUUCAAAGCUACAAUAGCCAUGAGCCAGGAAUUUCCUUUAGGAAUUGAGUCAUUAUUGAAUGUUUUGGAAGUAAUUGCACCCUUCAAGCACUUUAACAAGCUUAGAGAAUUUGUUCAGAUGAAACUUCCACCAGGCUUUCCAGUAAAGCUAGAUAUCCCCGUGUUUCCUACCAUCACAGCCACUGUGACAUUUCAGGAGUUCCGCUACGAUGAGUUUGAUGAGUCCAUCUUCACAAUUCCCGAUGACUACAAGGAGGACCCCAGCCGCUUCCCCGACCUCUGACCCGCCUGAAGCAGCAGCAGCAGCACCAGCUGAGCGCCGGGCGAACCAGGGGGCCCAGGGAGCCUGGCCUUCAGGUCCAGACCGAAGGGACGAGUCCUGUCCGUGAAGAGAAGGGAUGUGGCCGUGGACCCGACCCGUCGGUGGAGCUACAGGUGGCUCGGGCAGCCACCUCCCAUCGGUAUCACAGCAAGUCUCCCGAUGUGCCAUUUUCAACCUUUUUUAUAAUACACAGUGUAGGCUCGGUAGAUUGACGCCGCCGUGAUCCUAAAAGAGUUCUUAUGUAAAGCAGCAGCAAGUGCUGUGAUUUGUUUUUAAAAGUUUUUACUUCUUGGGGAGAUAUAUAUAUAUAUAUAUAUAUAUAUGUAUAUAUAUAAAAAUAAAUAAUAAUUUAAAAUAUAUAUAUAUAUAUAUUAAAGAAAACACUCCUGGACCAUACCAUGAGAUUGAAAAUGUCUUAGUUGAUAGAAAGCCCUUUUAAAUCCGUCCCCUUAUAUUCAAGGUGACACUUAUAAAUAUCCCUUCAGGCUUUUCUUUUCAUAAAUUGUAAACUAUGUAACAUUAUGUAUAGUUCAGUAAUUUGAAUGUUAGUUGAACAUAAUGAUCUAGAAGGAAUGCAUUUUCUGUAGAGGAAUGAAUCAAAUGGUAAUCAUUAAACAGUUGCAUUUUCACAUGGCAAUGCAUUUCAGAACUGGCAUUCACUCUGCAGGGAAUCAUCGGGUACCUCCUCUAACACCUUAGGGCAGCUCAUCACGGUGCUAUUCAUGUGUUUUUUGGGAAUUGUUUGUUUCUGCAGAGGGAAAGGUUGUUCCUGACUCUUCUGUCCCUAAAGCAACAACUUUCCUGUUUUCCAUUGGCUUCUUGGUCCAUGAGUCCUUGUGGUAUAUAUCCACUGGCAGGCCUUUAAAAAAUGUUCAUCUGACAAUUGCAGCCCUCGGUCUUUAUUAUAAUAAUUUCUGCAUGUCAUCUGCAGCCUCAUAGCUGCACAUAAAUCUAGUUGUCUUCGUAUGUGGGCCCGAUGGGAUGUGAAUCGAUUUGAUCAGUGGAUAUGCGCUGUAGUUCCAGAAAAAUUGCCCACAUUCCAAAACUCUUCUCCCUUGGGAUAAAAUUGUUCCUAGGUAAAUGUGAGAUGCUGCCCAAAUUUCUCUAUCAAUGAUGCUAGAGAAAACCCAGAAACAAACCAUUUUUCCUUGUUUCCAAGGUAUGCAUUACUGAGUGAGUUUGAAAUCUUGCCUGUCUUUUCCAAGAUGGUCCAAGGCCCAAGAUGGCCAGUAAACUAGUGAGGAUUCCCAGUGUCAGUCCAUAGAAUGUGGUAGGGGCUAGAAGAGGUCAGUGGUUAGCUGCCCCAAAUGAGGUAUUACUGUACCCUGAAUGAAUGGUGCCUUGAUGCAGUGUCUAUCCCGUCCCUCUGUUCCCCCCACCCGAGUCCGACUAAACCCUGAAUUGAAAAUGACCACUCCCCACCGCUCAAAAUCAAAAUGUUUUUUCUUCCUCUUCUAAACCCACUUCCUUCCCCUCUCCCUCAAGACACCCCUCCCUUCUUCUCUCUCUCCUCACCCUCCUCUCCUGUCAAACCGCACACACUGCAUCAGUAUGAUGUAGAUGCCCCUCUGUCUUUGACACUACCCACCCCGCUCAGAUCCACGCCAACCUCUGUAGCUUUCAGUACCGGAAGCGGCAGGAGAACGAAGUGCCCUAAGAAGAUUCUCAAUUCCAGAUGGGUGAUGGAAGGCAAGAUCCUGGAUCCUCCAGGAGGUGGAAUCUUUGAGCCUGGGGAGCUUAUGAGUAUUAACGUCAGCUGGAGUGCUGAUUCUUUCGCUUUGGAUUAAGAAUCCUGUUGUUAAUAUUCUGUUCUAGGAGUAGACCCCCCAAACAAACUUGAUUUCAGAGCACUAUGAGGUAUUUCCAACUGUAUCUGUCAGUUCUCGAGUGACAGCAAUGACUAACUUCUUUUAGGUGCCCCAGGAAAGGGUGCAAACAUCCAUUUGGUUACAGAAAUUGCCUGCUGCUUUGAGGAGGUGAGAAACCGAGUUUGCGAAGGGUUUUGACAAGCCACUCAGGGAAUGGGUCUGUAGCAGCCCUCCAAGCCGCUGUUGGAGACCAGUCGUAUUCAGUGAGCACCUAGUAUUACCGAGCACUGUGCUAAGCGCUUGGGAGAGUUCAGUAUAGUAGAGUUGGUAAGGCCGUUCCUACCUACAGAGAGCUUAGAGUCCAGCGGGACAAGCUGACAGUCUAGACUUCUGGGCUUUUACACACUUGUCCCACGAGGCUCUCCCAAAAACCUGAGCGCUCCAGACUGAGACCUGUACAGUCAUUACUGGCCUUUCCCAGGGGCCCUUCUGCCAAGUCCAGUGAAGACUUAAAGGGGUUUAAUCCCCUUCUCUAAGAGCAUUUGGAAACGUUUAAUGAGGGCCUUCUGGGAGGUGAAUUCUUUCAGAGCAGGUGAACAUUUUGGAAGAGACCGGUGCCUCUUGCUGGGCAAAUGAGCGACAGGCCGAAAGGGGAACUCCAAAAAACUUGGGCCUGCAUUUUUUAGCAGACUUUUAGCAAACUUUUUUAGCCAACGGCAGUACGUUUGGAGAAAGUCGACUGGUUGGCGGAGUCCCAGAAACAAAUUGGUAGGCUGAGCCCUGCGGAGGUCACUGUACUGAGCUCUGGGAGAGAAUACAAAAUUGGGAAUUAGACGUAGUCCCUGUCAAAGAGGAAAGAAAAGUUAUAAUUUCUCUGGGGCCCUCUGUUCAUACCAAAGCAUUUGAUGAUGAUAAUGGUAUUUGUUAAGCACUUACUAUGUGCCAAGCACUGUUCUGAGCACUGGGGGAAAUGCAAGGUAAUUGGGUUGUCCCACAGUCUUAGUCCCCAUUUUGUCAUGGAAGAGAGCUUAGAACACAUCUUGGGUAGCUUGCUAACUAGAAAAUUCCUUAAAAAAAUUAAAGCUCUUUAAAUCUGUAUUUAAUUAUCCCCUUAUUUGUGAGAGAGAUAAUGGUAGAUUAAGUGGAAGCUGUGACGAGUAUGAGGUGCUUGGGGAAAUUGGGGAUUAAAGGGUUGCUGAUAGAAAACUGAGAAAAUGGUAUCAACUGAAAAUGACGCGUCAAAUAAGAGUUUAACUACUUGAACCACCCCCAGCUUAAAAAAAAAGUUUACUGAUUUUGGCUGCUGUUUAUUCUGUUUCCCAGGUUUCUCUUUAGUAGGCUGUUUGAGUACCAGUGAAAUGGAGUGUCUUUGUUAGACCCAUUAUACCCCAUUUUUGAGGCUUCAAAUCGUGCAGGCCCGAGGUGCCCCAGCUGUCACGUUUUAGGCCGCGGCCCUUUAAUGCAGGGCCAUUCCUUGGCUGCCUGCCUCUCCUGGGCUGGCUCUCAUUGGAUGCUCAGUCGGGUUUUUUUUUUGGAAGCACUGAUCACAUUGAAGCGGCACUGUUCCUGGCCUUCAAUCCUCUCAAAGCCUACCAGUACCCUGCUGCUGAGUUGCUAUUUCCAUUUUUAAUGAGUUGACAUGAGCCUCUAGGCCCAACUUCCUGGGGAAUUAGGGCCCUCUUCGUCCCUCUGCCACUUGUCCAGGAGAGCGGCGAGAGAACGCCAGAGAGCCUGGACGUAGGCACGAGAUUGGCACGCCAGCAGCUUCACCCACCCAAUUCCCCAGCAGUGCACCUUAGGGCCCAGCACCCUGCUUUGAAUGACGUGGAAAGGCUACACCUAGUUGUCACCCAAACAGAUGAGCCCCUUUAAUAUUGAUGCGGCUUCAAAAAAAACACAGUUGGAAAAUGUAAUUGCGACCUGCCGGUGACCGAUGUGGUUGUUUCCAGGAAAUUCAGAAGCGGUGUGGCUCAGGGGUUAUAGCACAGGCGUGGGAGUCAGAGGACCUGGGUUCUAAUCCCAGCUCUGCCACUUGUCUGCUGUGUGAAAUUGGGUCCGAAUGUGUCGGAAUCCCUCUCCGUUGUUUUAGCAGCAGUAACUCAACACCAAAGUCACCCCGCUCUAGUGAGUCGCACUCUCAUGCCAAAGGGGAGUUCGGAGCUCUCUUUAAGUACGGUUCUCUGAGUUCUCACAGUGGACAUUAGGGAAAAUACAACAACAUUCUGGCUCCAUCUAUAUCUUGUUCCCUGGAGGAAUUUAAUUUGUGGCUUCAAAUAGUUGAGAAAGCUGCCUUCAUUAUUAGUAAAAUUGAAGGUUUCUGAUUUGCCCCCACUAGUAGCGACUGAAAUUUCAGAAAUACCAUUCCUUUCAAAUAUUGCCGGUAUGGACUAGACACAAAAUAGGUGAUGUUUGCUAACGGAGCAGCUAGAAAAUCCUCUCAAACCCAUGCUUUUGGCUUACCCAGACACCUAAACUUUGCUGACAUCUACCACUUUCCACCUAGCAGUUGCUUUGGUGGCAGAAUGUUGCAGUUUAGCAGAAAUACUGACUUAUUCAAGAGUAUCAGCUGACAGUGUAUAGAAUGUAUUCUAAUACUGCAGAGGUAUUUUGCUUGGAACUUGUAAAUUCCCCCUAGGAGCCAAUAAUUCUUUUGUAUUUUACCAUUUGUGUGAUUCAUGUCCUUAAAUGAACUCAUUCUUAGCCCAGAGUAAUUUUUAGAAUGUAUUCUUUGUUAGACUAAAGACCAAAACAAUGCAGUUUGAUUCUGAAAAUGUUCAAGAUACAAAGUUUAUCUGUAAAUGCAACUCUAUUAUGAAAUUAUUUUAGAGAACAUGUGCUUUGAGGACACAUCCUUGUUUGAUUUUGGAGUGUUGCUCUGCUGUGGAUUGAAAAAAGGCUCCACCGGGUAUCAGCACUCAGAUUUUCUGCAAGGAUGUUAUUUUACUGGUCACUUUUUAAAUAAAAACCCUAAAUUUUCAA